AAGUUACCAUUGGCGAUGUGUCAUUCAAACUCAAAGUGCCGAAGAAUCCAGAACUUGUCCCAGGAAACUACAUUUCAGACACUCUGGCUCAGUCUAUUACCCAGCAUCUACGAUGGAUUAUGCAGAAAGACCUUUUGGGCCAAGAUGUCUUCCUUAUAGGGCCACCCGGGCCCCUGCGGCGCUCUAUAGCUAUGCAAUACUUGGAGCUGACCCAGCGAGAAGUGGAGUACAUUGCCCUCUCCAGGGACACAACAGAAGCAGACCUCAAACAGCGGAGAGAGAUCCGAGCUGGCACGGCCUACUACGUUGACCAGUGUGCCGUCCGUGCAGCCACGGAAGGUAGGAUCCUGGUCCUGGAAGGGCUGGAGAAGGCGGAGCGGAACGUCCUGCCAGUGUUGAACAACUUACUGGAGAACAGGGAAAUGCAGCUUGAAGACGGCCGUUUCCUUGUGUCAGCAGAACGUUACGACAAACUGCUGAAGGAACAUAAGAAAGGAGAGUUGGAUGCAUGGAAACUUGUUAGAGUCAGCGAAGACUUCCGAGUGAUAGCCCUGGGCCUUCCUGUGCCCCGAUAUUUGGGCAACCCGUUAGACCCGCCUCUUCGGUCUAGAUUUCAGGCUAGAGAUAUUUACUACCUUCCCUUUAAGGAUCAUCUUGCACUGUUAUAUUGUAUUGGAUCUAACGUUGCAACGGAGAGAAUUUCCCAGCUUUUGUCCUUUGCAACAACUCUUUGCACCCAAGAAUCUUCUGCAAUGGGGCUUCCUGAUUUCCCUUUAGAUAGCUUAUCAUCCGCCGUAAAGAUUCUGAACUCCUUCCCUCUGAUGCCCAUCCAGCAUCUAGUCUGCUGGCUUUAUCCCUAUGAGGUUCUGCUAGGCAAGGAAGGGAAGACAGCAGUGGAAGACGCAUUAAAAAGGUUUGAGCUCCAGGAUUCAACAAAACUGCCACUUCCUACAAGAGUUACAAGUGUCAGAAAGAGAGAGACUGACCAGAGCUUCCAGGCUGAUGUGACAGUCCACGUAGCUGGGAAAGAAGUGACCUUUCAGGUUCCUGCUGGGACUGAGCCAGCCAAUCUGCGUUCUGGGCCAGGGGAUUUCAUCAGGACUCCCAGCCACGAACAGCUGUUGGCAGAAAUGAUGCUGUCUCACAUGGUUAAAGAUAUCUGCUUGAUUGGAACAAAAGGCUGUGGUAAAACAGUUGUUGCUAAGGAGUUUUCAGCUGCCUUAGGAUACAGCAUAGAGUCUUUCAUGCUCUAUCAGGAUAUGACUGCCCGAGACCUGCUGCAGCAAAGGUACACCCUCCCAAAUGGGGACACCUCUUGGAGACCUUCUCCACUCAUCACGGCCGCCCUUGAAGGGAAGCUUGUCAUUCUUGAUGGCAUUCACAGGGUCAACCCUGGCACUCUCGCCGUCCUCCAGAGGUUAAUUCACGACAGAGAGAUCACUCUUUAUGAUGGUACCAUCCUGCUCAGGCAAGAUAGAUAUGAAAAGGUAAAAGAAGAACUUCAGCUUUCAGAUGAAAACCUACAGCAAAGGUCCAUUUUCCCCAUCCACCCUUCCUUCAGAAUAAUUGCUUUAGCAGAGCCCCCGGUUGUCGGAAGCGCUACGCAGCAGUGGCUGGUCCCAGAGCUCUUAACGCUUUUCCUUUUCCAUUACGUGAAGCCUCUGAGCAAGAGUGAAGAAAUGCGAGUUAUUAACGAGAAGGUCCCAAAUGUGCCCAGUGCUGCAGUGGAGCAGCUGUUGAAGUUGACACACAAACUCCGUGAGACGCAGGACCCCCGAGCACAGUCAUUAGCAUCAUCCUUGUCCACACGGCAGCUCCUGAGAAUUUGUCGGCGACUGUCUCACUACCCAGAUGAGAGCCUCUACGACACGAUAAAUAAAGCUUGUCUUUCUAGGUUUUUACCCAGCCUUGCAGCGUCUGCUUUACAUAAAAAUCUGCAGGACUGUGGAAUUCAUGCAAGCCCUGCCGAUACUGAAAGAACAGACAACAAGACUUUGAGUUGUGAAGUCAGCUCAGGGAUCCUGAGGAUUGGUGCUGUUAACAUCCCAGUGCACAACAGCCCCAAUGAAAGGAUGAAAGUGCCUGACGUUCUCUUCUAUGAAAACACGCAACAUAUGAUGGUGAUGGAAGAUAUGCUAAAAGACUUCUUGCUUGGAGAGCACCUUCUGUUGGUCGGCAACCAGGGUGUGGGGAAAAACAAAGUUGUCGACAGAUUCCUUCACCUGUUGAAUAGGCCUAGAGAAUAUUUGCAGCUGCAUAGAGACACCACCAUCCAAAGUCUUACACUGCAGCCUUCUGUUAAAGACGGUCUUGUUGUGUAUGAGGAUUCUCCACUUGUGAAAGCGGUCAAGUUGGGUCACAUUUUAGUUAUUGACGAGGCAGAUAAGGCGCCAACAAAUGUCACCUGCAUUUUGAAAACUUUGGUGGAAAGUGGAGAAAUGAUCCUAUCGGAUGGAAGGCGCCUCAUCGCCAAUCCUGCUAGUGUAAGUGGGAGGAAGAACGUGAUAGUCAUUCAUCCAGAUUUUAGGAUGAUAGUUUUGGCCAACAGACCUGGAUUUCCUUUCUUGGGUAAUGACUUUUUUGGAACACUAGGAGAUAUCUUUAGCUGCCAUGCAGUUGAUAACCCUAAACCAGACUCAGAGCUUGCGAUGCUGCGCCAGUAUGGACCGGAGGUUCCGGAGCCAGUCCUGCAGAAGCUGGUGGCUGCUUUUGGGGAGCUCCGAAGCUUGGCUGACCAAGGAAUAAUCAAUUAUCCUUACUCAACUAGAGAAGUAGUGAAUAUAGUGAAGCACCUACAGAAAUUUCCAAAGGAAGGACUUGCAAAUGUUGUCAGAAACGUCUUUGAUUUUGACUCCUACAAUAAUGAAAUGCGUGAGAUUUUAAUUAGGAUCUUGCACAAACAUGGGAUACCAAUUGGAGCAAAGCCUACCUCUGUACACCUGGCCAAGGAGUUCCCACUGCCGGAUCCAAAAUUGAUGGGCUACUGGAAUGUCAACCAGUUGGGCAACGCAAGGCAGAAGCUUCUGUGCUCAACUGAAACACAUCGCAUAGACGUAAAGGGUCCACUGUAUUUAAAUGUGCAGGCAUUUCCCGUGGAGAGGCAUGACGCCAGGUCCCUGAGUUUCACAGAAGAACAUGCUUUUUGGUCUCUGCCUUUGAAUGAAGUUAAUUUAGUGUGUGACGUUGCUGUGGCACAAGAGAAUGAAACCAAAAACUCCCUUUAUGUGGCUACUUGCAAUCCAGUGUCUUUAUACUUUAUGGAAACAUCCAGUGCAAAUGGAUAUUAUGUCGACUUGUAUGAUAUCUUCCCAAGGACGGUUGGAGGCGUCUGGCAACCUCUUGUGACUGUGGCGGCACUGGGAGGUCCGCUCCAAGGACAAGUCAUUCUGCACGAAGAGCAGACGAAUGCCAUUCUGUUGCUGGACACCAACACGCAUACCAUACGCCAACUGCUGCUGUCCCCAGAGAUGUGUGAGGCUCCCAGAAGGACGUCCUGGUGGGGCAGCAAAGAGGAGAGCAGUCAUAAAAUGUGCAAAGAGUUUUCACACAAAAACUGGCUUGUGUUCUACAAAGAAGAAGGGAGCCACCUAGUUGUUCUCGAUGCCCUGGAGGGCCGUGUUCACACCAUCUCACUCCCAGUCAGCCUCAAGUCUGUCUUUUUGGUGGCCGAAGACCAGUGGCUCCUGGUGGAAAGCAAGACAAACCAAAAGUAUCUUUUGACGAAGCCUGUGCCCAUGGCCUCUGAAGAGAGUCACAUUUGCCAGUUACAUGCCGUGAGUGAGGAGCCAGUGGAGGCUGGAUUUGGAGUAACCACAGCUUCGGAAGUGAUUGAGCCACAAGCCGUUGCCAGUGACCAGCUGUCUUCAGAGAACCUCAGUGCAGCCAUUGGGCAGAAUAUCAGCUCACCCAACAGAAUGCUCUCUGAUGAACAGAAUUACGCCACUCUUGUGGUUGGCUUUCCAGACCUCACGUCCUCCAACGAGGUCUACAGCUGGAAGAGAGGCUCCACCCUGGGCAAGGGCCAGCCUUUGCCUUCUGACCCGCUUUACUACGGAAGGCCCGGCAAGGGCAGGAGGGCAAAGCGAACCAACUGUGUGACCCUCACAGCUGCCGGCCAGGUGGUCAGAGUUCUGGCUCCAGGGGAUGUGCCUCUGAAGGAGCUGUACUCCAAAGGAGUCACUCCUCCUCAGACUGCUGGGUAUCUGGAGAUAACGGACCUUAUAGCCAAGAAACUCAAAUACAUACCUGUUCCCAGAUCAGCAUCCCUGACGCCCUAUACUUCAUGGCUGUCCAUGAUUUCUGACACUGACGUCCUCUUGGCAAAGCUUGGCAAUUCUGGUGUCGUUACGGUAGACAUGGGGGGCAAUGUCAGGCUCUGGGAAACCAGCUUCGAAAGCCUUAGGAGAUCCCUUCAGGAAUGGAGAAACAUGAUUGGACAAGAGGAUGGCAGGCCAGUGCAGAUAACUAUUGAGCGAGACAGUGGCUUGGAUGUUACUUCUCCAAAGCAAGGGAAGAUUGAUCCAGACAAUACUCCUCAUGUUGGUGGAAACACCUGGGCUGGUGGGACAGGCGGGAGAGAUACUGCUGGACUGGGGGGGAAAGGGGGGCCAUACCGGCUGGAUGCUGGCCACAAGGUUUACCAAGUGUCUCAGGCAGAGAAAGAUGCUGUGCCGGAAGAAGUGAAGAGAGCUGCCAGAGAGAUGGGCGAAAAGGCUUUUAAGCAGAGGCUAAAGGAGAUCAAGAUGAGUGAAUAUGACGCGGCUACAUAUGAGAGGUUCUCUGGGGCAGUUCGACGGCAAGUUCGGUUACUCCGAGUCAUCCUGGACAGCCUACAGGUAGUGCUCUUGGCUUUUGGGACUACCGGGGGGGGGGCCUCCCCGCUUUCCCUGGCAGAGUCUCCACCCCCUUCACAUCCACCCUUCUGUGAAAAAUACGUAUCACCCAAAAAUGCACACCU